CUGGUCAGACCUCAGCUGCCAAAAUGGUGAAGCAGAUCGAGAGCAAGUAUGCUUUUCAGGGAGCCUUGAACAGUGCAGGAGAUAAGCUGGUAGUGGUUGACUUCUCUGCCACGUGGUGUGGGCCUUGCAAAAUGAUCAAGCGCUUCUUUCAUUCCCUCUCUGAAAAGUAUUCCAAUGCGGUGUUCCUUGAAGUAGAUGUGGAUGACUAUCAGGAUGUUGCUGCAGAGUGUGAAGUGAAAUGCAUGCCAACCUUGCAGUUUUUUAAAAAAGGACAAAAGAUGGGUGAGUUUUCUGGCGCUAAUAAGGAAAAACUCGAAGCCACCAUCAAUGAAUUAAUUUAAUCAUGUUAACCAGCCAUUGGCUCUUGUAAUUUUUUUUUAUUUA